AUGGCCCAAGAGAAACUACUGGAUCUUUCGGUACAGGGGGGUAUCAACACACACAGCUUUGACUCGCCGGAUCUGAGUAAAGAGGUCGUCACUUUGGACAUGAGAGAAAAAACCUCCGGGCAGGACAUGUUCAGCCAGUAUCUGAACGUUUCCGAUCACAUGAACAGCCUGGAAAGUAGCUUGACCUGGGUAGACAGUGGAAUGAACACAGUGGAGCAUUUGCCACGGUUCGAAAGACAGAGUGAUUCCGCUUUGAUGAUCAGCAAUAAGAUCAAGGAAAAGGGGAAAUUCAUUUUACCCUUGAAACAAAAAAAAGUUUCUGACAAAUUAAAGCUUUUGAAAGAGUCUCGCCCCGAAGCCGACGAGAACCUCGUGAACAUGAACCAUUUCCCAGCAAAGCCCUUAUCCACACUGAACCUCAGACCAAACAGAAACAAUAUCUCCUCUCAACUCCUCUCUUCGUCGAACCUUGCGUCUAGUAAAAGAUCCGAUUCAGAAGUAGAUCAGACAAGUCAUAGUAAGAUCCACAUUUUUUCUCCGCAACCAAAAAUUGAGCAAGAGUUUUCAAACUCGGCGGAACUCGAGAAUGGAAUGAAAAUUACAUCCAGGAGAGAUUCCCUAAUAGAACACUCGAGCGAUAUAGAGGAUGGAAAUGAGGUUGAGCAUUCCAGCUCUCCAACUAUACCUGUUGAUUCACCAUCCAUGCAUGUUUUUUCCGCCUCAAAUGAUGAAUCAGAAUACAGUAAUAUAAAUAACUCAUCAGAUAAAUUUCAACAUCAAUUCAUGGCCCAGCCCGGCCAAAUUUUCCAAGAACCUCCAACUUUUGCAAAUGCUGAAGUAAACAAGUCAGUGAGAAACCCUGCAAGUACCAACAAGACCAACAUCAGUUUCAGUAUUGCCACCAACCCCAUAGAAUCCCAGAAAAAUACAUUUACUCCUUCAACUCCAGAAGACAAAGUAGUUAUCUUGAAGCUCCUUAGAGAUGGUAUCAGAGACUACUCAUCGCUUUUGACAGACUUUUCAGAGAAUAUGGUGGUUGAAAACAGAUCGGAUUAUUUGGUCUCAUAUGUUAAACGUUUUGAUUAUGAGUUAAAGCCAAAACUAAUUAACGAUUAUCUUGGCGAAAUUAGAAAGGAUAAAAUAAGUGAGGACGUAAAACAGAUACUGAAUAACGAUACCUUUUGUGAGGAGGUCAAACAACUAUUAAUUGAAAGUGAUAAACGAAGAAAAUGCUACAAUAAAAGAAAGAGUGCCAGAUCGUCUGAGUCAAAAAAAUCAUCCCCAGUAUUUACUUCUACCCAAUCAACGCCACUACUCGGUCGCUCCUCCACAUUUGCAAAUGUCACUACAGAUACUAGCGCACCCUCUUCUGCAAAAUCUACUACCGUAAAACUGCUACCUAAAGUUGAGGCAUCGAAACCUGGAAAAUCAAAGGCUAUUGUCAUCAACCUCAUAAGAAUAGGAUCAUUCAUAAAUCAGAGGCAACUGAAAAAAAGUGGCCAUGGAAAUGAAAAUCUCGUAGCUAUUGCUGAUCUUCGCAAUAUCGCAAAAAAAAAUGAUGAUGAGAGAUACAUACACAAACUGAGAGCAACAAAUACUUCUUUGAAAAUGUGUGUUGAAGAUAUAUAUGGCCCAAAUGCCAAUUUUACACAUUCGUUAGCUUAUAGUAGGAUCCCCUUAUCUCUGGAUCCUCUGACAAGCAUAAACUUAGAGAAUGACCAGAUGAUUUCUUACGUUGAAAUUCUUCUCGAUGUUUCAAAGAUGCUAAUACCCGGAAAUAGAUCAAUAAACUCGAGCUUGAAUUAUGCGUCAAUCUUGCAAUUGAAAUCGGUUACUAGAAUCUAUAGCGAAGACCGCUUGGUCUACAGACGGUGUGAUCCUAUCACUGGAUUUUUCACUAAGGACAAUGUCAACGUUGCCAAAAUAAUUUUACCAUUACAAGCUAAGUUAUGGGCAAAUCUGAUAAACGAUUACCAUAACGGUAUCAUCAAUGACUCCAAAGUUAGUGCAUUAAAAAUCACACACACCUUGUUUCCAAAUGAUGAUAUUCUAAGAUUUAAAAGCGGUGGUUCUGCAAUCUACUCCUUCGUUUGGGAGUUUGUGAUCAACGUAGAUGGGCAUUAUUUACCGCAUUGUGUCAAUAUCGAAAAGCUGAUGCCGUCUACAAACAAUUUUGCUAAGGUGAAUGUACAAUCGGUGGCCAACUCCGAGCUGAAGUUUGGUGUUCCUCAACCACAUGCACAAUUCCAGCAAAACUCUACAUCUUUAAACUACGUAGCUCCUCCGAACUUGGGAGCGAUAAAUUUACCUUCGCAUCAACAAUCAUCUCAAAAGCAUAUAGCCCCUACCAAAACACAGUCACUAAGAAGGGCUGUAACCCAUGGAACCAUUAAUAUUGCUGCAAAUGUUAAGACAAACAAUAAUUUAGAUAUGCCCAUUGAUAAUUUCAAUGUCAACCUCAACAACCAACCUCCAGCUUAUAGCAGAUCUAAUUCAGCAUUGAAUAAUCCCUCGGUGUCAUCAAUGGUUACCAGUACUCCAUUACUCACUCAGCGGAAACGAGAAGACCUCGGUCGAGGACAUAAAAGAACUAGAUCGAGAUCCAUGAAUGAAAUUGAUUUGAUGUCUUUACCGCUCUCAUUUGACGGUUUCAUGAAUAUGCCGUUUUUAGAUUCAUUUAGUCCCACUGAGUCGUCAUCCUCUCCAUUGGUAAAGCAAAACAUUCCCUAUUUAAAGUCACAGAGUGUCCAGCAUCUCCAUCAACAACAACUGCAACCGCAGCCGCAUCUGCAACAACCACAGCAACUUCAACACUCUUCUUCACUUCAUGUAACACAGCCACAGCCACAGCAACAACAGUGGCAGGCAUUGAAACAUUCUAACGGCAUUUAUAGCAUCAACCCGAACAUGGGAGGCCACGGUUAUGGCCGUCCAGUGUAUCAGCCAAUCAUGGAGUACAAACACUUCAACAAUUCCGAUUCCCAGCUCGAGCUGAAUAAUUUCCAUAGUUCAUUUGAAGAGGCAACUGCCAAUUCACUUGUAAUCAACACAGCGCCGACUCAUAUAUCUCCUAAACAGAUGGCGUUUUCCAUUGAGAGCUUAGACGACAGUAUUAAAACAAGUGAUAGCAACAUCAUUUUGGGUAAUGACAAUAUUAGCAACAACAAUAACAAUAACAACAGCACCAGUAGUACGGCCAUUAAAUCGACUAUUACAAAUAACACGAACUGGUCAAAGCUACCCACAAUUCCUGAUGUUUCAUUGUAUGCUUCUUCAUCGUCUGCAAUGCCAACAUCUUUUGAUUUUGAUGAGAACUCAAAGGCUAUAGCUGAACUGUCUGUGUUGUCGGAGAUACCCGAACUUACCACGCCGCAACCAAAUCAAAAGCUUGAUUGA